ACAUUCAGGGCAGAAGGCAGGGAUUAGGUCCUGAGCUGCCUACCUCACUUACCCUAAUCGCCCUCAGGGCCUGAUCCCAGGCAAUCACCUGGAAGACUGGGCACCUAAGCAGCUUUGGGGCUCCUGAGAGCCAAAGGUGCUUGGGGAGCUGUGGCCUCGGUCUGGCUGUGUCUCCCGCAUGGCCACAGAGCACAGUCCAGGCUCAGGCCCCAGCUCCCAGAAGCCCCCUGCAGAGGCUGUGUCUCUGGGCAGUGGUGCUGAGGGCCCCCCUCUGGCCAGGAGGAAGAGCAAGAAAGAAAAGAAGUCCCAAGGGUCCCGGAAGGGCAGUGCUGGGGAGCAAACCUCUGUCCAGGAUCCUGAGGCCUCGAGGAGCAGCAAAAAGCCUUCAAGGACAGAAGAGAAGAAAGGAGAGCCAUCACCAGCGCCCUCUGGGCCAACCUCUCGCCGCCAAUCCCACCGGCAUCGUUCUGACCCCCAGCAGGAUGCUGCUCAGAGGACCUAUGGGCCCCUGCUCAACCGCAUAUUUGGGAAGGACCGUGAGCUGGGCCCCGAGGAGCUGGAAGAGCUGCAGGCUGCCUUCGAGGAGUUUGACACUGACCAGGAUGGCUAUAUCGGCCACCGGGAGCUGGGCGACUGUAUGCGGACACUGGGGUACAUGCCCACCGAAAUGGAGCUCCUCGAAGUUGCCCAGCAUGUGAAGAUGCGCAUGGGUGGCUUUGUGGACUUCGAGGAGUUCCUGGAGCUGAUAGGCCCAAAGCUGAGAGAGGAGACGGCACAUAUGCUGGGGGUGCGGGAGCUGCGCAUUGCCUUCCGAGAGUUUGACAAGGACCAGGAUGGAAGAAUCACUGUGGCGGAGCUGAGGCAGGUAGCACCCGCUCUGCUGGGGGAACCUCUGGAGGGGACAGAACUGGAUGAGAUGCUUCGAGACAUAGACCUCAAUGGGGAUGGCACCAUAGACUUUGAUGAGUUUGUGAUGAUGUUGUCUACCCACUGAGACACCUGCAGGGAGGACCUGUUGUCACUGUGGCCCGAGAUACCACCAGGACCAGGCUGCAUGCAAGGAGGUUCCAGGAUGGCAGAGACCUAGCAGUCCCCAGAAUCCUUCUACCCUGGGCAGCGUCUUGCUCUAGAAUCUGUCUGUGAAGUCACCUGCCUGUCUUCACCCUCACCACCCACCCACUGCUUGAGUGACCUGGAGAAAAUGUAUGCUCAAGCAUCCACCAGUCCACAUUGUGAGCAAGUCCUCGAUCUCUCUGCACCCUUGGCAGGUAGAAAGCUCCCUCCCUGGUGCUGGAAGUAUUCAAGUAGGGACAAUUGGGGGGAUCCAUAGUAACACAGUGAACUGAGAGGGUGGCCGGCCUCCUCUCACUACUUACACAAAGUGAACUUGAAAGGGAGGAGCCUAGGUCCCAAAGACCAAGGCUGGAGUUGUAGAGGGGGCUGACCCCGAGGGGGUUUCAGAUCUGGAGAAAGGCUUGGGGGCCUGGGAGGCCCACAGUCCCAUAUAGUCUAAAUGGCAAGAAAUUAAUAUCUGGAUCCAUUCCAGGGCCUCAUAGUGCUGCCCUGUUCCUGGAAAGGGGAGUGAAAAAACAUUUCCACAAACCAGCCUGAGAAGGUUUGAGGGAACAGAUAUUUAGGGUCUUAAGUGGAUAUAAAUCCCAGAGACAAAAGAAGAGAAAGAGGGGAAAGGAUGCUUUAGACAUGUGGAAAUCUUUUUUUGUUGUUGUCCUAAAGAAAGAGAGGUUGAUUAACUUCAGAUUUCAUUGGCCGACUGAUUAGUGGCUGGGCAUAGUGCACACCUAUAAUCUUGCCAUGAGGGAGGCUGAGGCAGGAAGAUCACUAGGAGUUUGAGGCCAUUUUGAGCUACAAAGUGAGUUUAAGUCCAGCCUGAACUAGAUAAUGAGACCCUGUCUAAAAAAAAAAAAAAAAAAAAAGUCAGAGUCAGCUAGAUUUGGUGGCACAAACCUGUUACUCCCAAUACCCUGGGAGACCGAGGCAGGAGAAUUAUAAAUUUGAACACAGUUUAAGCAGUUUAGAAAUUUAGUGAGACUUCACCUCAAAAUUUAAAACAAAUGAAGGCUGGGUACAUAGCUUGGGGUGAAGAUCUUGGAUUUCCUCAGUCCCAAAACAAAAAGUACAUGCUCAUAAUCCUAGCAUUGAGGAAGCUGAGUCAGGAGGAUUGCCUGGAGUUUGAGGCCAAUCUGAACUACAAGGCAAGAUCCUAUCUCAAACAAAGCAAAACAAAACAAACCCUAAAAGAACCAAACAGACACAAAAGGUCAGAGAGCUCUAGUUCCAAAAAUAAAGUAUCCCUGUUAGGUUGUAUUUCUUGUAACAGACACCAAAAUAAAACAAAUGAUGCCUUUACCAGAAUAGAAAUUUAUUUCCACAGUAAGUCUGUAUGUGGUGUCUUCUUCAAGGACUCAGGUUCCUGGCUAGCUGUCCUGCCUUCCUAAGGUUUGUCUGUUUUCCUGGUGGUAGGAUGGAGGUCAAUAAAAAAGAAUAAAAGGUUACAGUGUGAAGUAAGGCCACUUAUAUCCAUGAAGCAGAGCGUAUCACUUGCCUGCUUGGCAAGGAUACUGGGAAAUGUAGUCUUUAUCUGGAAGGUCACGUGCCCAGCUACACACCAGGGGUUCUCCUACAGGGACAGAUACAGAAGGGCAGAGGUCAGGCUCCGUUUCAUAGCUGAGUCGAGGUUGUAGGAGACACGCUCAAAGCAUAUGGCCACUAGAAGGGGAAAGCGAUGGCUUGGAAAAGAGACUAUCAAGAUUAAUCAAAAAAAGACGGUACAGAGGGACAUGGUGUUUCACAGCUGUAAUUUCAGCACUUGGGAGGGUGAGGCAGGGGAGUUCAAAGCCAGGCUGGCCUUCAUAGUUAGACAUUGUCUCAAAACAAAACACAACAAAAAGUAAGGCACUGUUCCCUAAGGAAAUUCUCCUUCCUCUCACUCAUCCCUUUUCCUCCCUCUCCUCUCUUCCUCUUCCUCUUCCUUCUUUUCCUCCUUCUCCUCCUUUUUCUUGAGACAGAAGGGUCUUACUGUAUGGUUCAACCUGGCCUUGAACUCAAGACCUUUCUACUUUUUUUUUGGUGUGUUUUUGAGACAAGGUCUCACUAUGCAGUUCAGGCUGGCCUUGGACUCACUUUGUAGCUCAAACUGGUCUCUAAUUUACAAUGAUCCUCCUGCCUCAGCCUCUUGAGAGCUGGGAUUACAGACAUGCACCACCACACCCAGCUCAAGAUUCUACUUUAGCUGCUAGAUUGCUGAUAUUUACCACUACACCUGGGUUACACCUUCCUAUUAAUGUAUCCUCAAAUUGUGAUAUAUACAAUAUACAAUAGAUUUACAAUAUAUAUUAGAGUUUAGAUUGUUAUCAUUCCCUGAAAAGUGUUGCUGUCAAUCCAGACCAGUAUUAGAUAAAUUAGUGAAAAAAAUUCAAACCGUGGCUGGGUGUGGUGGCUCACGUUUGUAAUCCCAGCACUAGGGAGGCUGAGGCAGGAGGAUCAUUGUGAGUUCGAGACCAGCCUGGGCCAGCCUGAACUGCAUAGUGAGACCCUGUCUCAAAAAAACCAAAAAAAAAAAAAAAAAUUUCAAACCAUGGGCUGCAGUGUAGCUGGUUAUAGAGUUCUUGCCUAGUGGGGAAAAGGGCUGGGUUCAAUCCUUUUUUUUUUUUUUUUUUCGUUUUUAUUGGUACCAGGGAUCGAACUCAUGACUGCCUGCUUGCAAGGCAGGCGCUUAUGCCGCUGAGCUAAAUCCCCAGCCCCCUAGGUUCAAUCUUGAGCACAAAAAAAAAAAAAAAAAAAACCACCAAAACCCAAAAAUCAUUUAAACUUAGGCAUUGAGCUAGGUAUGAUGGGGAUGCAUGUCUGUAAUCCUACCUAUUUGAGAGGCUGAGGCCGGAGGAUGGCAAAUCAAAGGCCAACCUAGACAAUUUAGAGACCUUGUUUUGAAAUUUUUAAAAGCUAAAAAAAAAAAAAGAAAAGAAAAGCAGGGGCUGUAGUCCAGUGUAAAAAUCCUGACUUCAGUCCCCAGUGCUGCCUCCCUUCCCUGCCAAACUUGCCGACCAUGGUGGCACACACCUGUAAUCCCAGUGCCCUGGGAGGCUGAGGCUGGAUUGGAAGUUUAAACUCAGUGCAGGCUAUUCAGUGACUUAAUAAAACCAUCUCAAAAUAAACAAUAGAAAUGCUCAAGAGCCAGGGAUUUAGCUCACCGACCUAAGCAUCCACCUUGCUAGUGUAGGUUAUGAGUUUGAUCCCCUGUACCAAAAAAGACAACAAAGGCUCAAGCCCUAGUACUAAGGGGGAAAAAAUGUAGAGGGCUGGAGGUAUAAUUUAGCGCUCCCUGGGCUCAGUCCCCAACACCACACAAAAACAAAACAAACAAAAAACCACCUAAGUACUUUUUUUUUUUUUUUGUCUUUUUGAGACAAGGUCUCCCUAUGCAGUUCCUGGUACUGAGCUCACUUUGUAACAAAACCCGAGCAUUUUGUAAGUGUUGAUAUCUGGAGUGGAUAACUAGAUUGGGAAACUUUUUUUUUGAACCCAGAAUCAAACUCAGGACUUUGUGCUUGCCAGGCAGGCACCGUACCGCUGAGCUAUACCCCCGGCCCCUACUUUUUUUUUUCUCUAGUAAAUAUUUCAGGCUUCAAACAUCAUGUCAGGGUCCACUGAGGUGUGUCACAACUGUUCACUCAAUGCUGCUGUUACAUUUGUAAAGCAAAGCUGUCAUGGUCAACAUUUUAAACAAAUAGGUGUCAGCAUGCUGAAAAUUUAAUAAACUUCACAAAACAUUGAAAUUUGGAGCUUAAAUAAUUUUACAUGCCAUGAACCCUUGUUACCUUUUAUUUUAUUUUUGAGACAAGGUCUCACUACGCAGUUCAGGCUGGCCUUGAAUUCAAGCCGUCCUGCCUCAGCCUCCAUGGUAGCACCAUGCCCAGCCUAUACUGCUGUCUUAUACUUUGAGUAUUCCCCACCUAUUACAACAUAGAAAAUCCAUGCUGUGGCCUGUAUUUGCUGACUCUGGUACAUUGUGACUCACCACUUCCGGAAUAACUGUUUGGCUGAGGUUGUAAAAUGAGAGCUGGGGAAGUAGCUCAGCAGCAGAGCGUUUGCCUAGCAUGCUUGAGGCCCUGGGUUCAGACUCCAACACCAAAGAUUAUGGAAUGAGAAAAAGUAUUCGUAGUGACUCUAUUAACUGCCUGUCUGCUGCUCACUUUUCAAUAAAGGAAAAAGACAAAAAAAAA